GCUAAAAGUGAAGGUCCUAGAAAAUUAAAUGACAUUAUUGUUUGGAUAAGAAAGAAACCCGUUAUCAAUAGCACGCUAUUUAUGCAUUUUCAAUUGCGUAAAGUCUGGCCACCCUUACGUAGCGUAGACCUCAUAGCCAAACCUUUGGUAUUAGCAACGUAUCGUAUGGCACCCUCUUUGCCGUUCAAAUUCUUUGAGACGUUUGCAGAAAUUAUUGAGGACAUCUUGGAACGACCAGUUGUUUUGUUGCACGAAACCAAAGAUAACCGACCUAUCCCUAGCGAUCUCGUUGAAAUAGCUAUUAUGCCAGCGUCUGAAAACUGGAACAUCGGUAAGCUUUUACCCGUAACUUUUGAGUUCCAGCAUGCUCUAAACAUGCCCAAGUGUACCAACAUGUACGCCGACGUAGUUGUUUUAAAACACUCGUCGCCUCGUAUUAGCCUCGGACGCUCAAUGUCGAGUUUGCAAGAAUGUAAAGUGAGUAUUGCGAAGAAAAACUACAGGCACAAUUCUGUUGCCGGAUUGUUCUGGAAUUAUUUAAUUUCAACAGGCAGAACUCCCCAAUUUUUUGCAACUGUACUCGAUGCUAACAAUGGAAGAGAUGUAAUAUCAAUGGUCAUCGACGGGAUAGCAGACGCAGGAAUAGUAGAAGCACCAGUGCUCACAUGUAAUCGUUACAAUCUAGUCGGUGCAGAAGAGCUUGAGAUUUUCGCCAGCAUAGGACCUUUACCACCUUAUCGUAUAAUGAUACACCCAAGAGCAGCGGAAGAGUACGGCAACAUGCUUACCGAUGGCCUACUAGAGAACGACUCUAAAUGGCACAAAAGACUGAACUGCUUGGGCAUCUUAGGUUUUGCCAAGAAUUCUGCUGACAACUACAAACCGAUUGAUGAGACACCUGUGGUCACUGAAAUAUUUUAUUCAUCUGAAUAUUAAAUUGUUUUAUAUUAUUUAUAUUUUAUCUUUUUUUAUUAUUUUAUA